CUGCGUACCGAAUACAGUCAGUUGUCCAGCAAGCUGAACCAGGCAUUGCGACAAAUGGACUUGCUGAGGUCGAACUCGUACGCGAGCUACCGCUCCUCUUCAAUUCCUCGAACCAGUGUCUACUCUCAUUUCUAUCCCUACUACUAA